AAAAGUGCAGUAAUUCUCCAUUACAUCAACAAUACUGUCAGUAGGAAAAAUAAUAACACUGACAGGUAAAACAGCAUAGGCAGAAAUAAGAAGUUGUGGAGAUGGCAGUUAAAAUUCAAAAAGAAAGUUAAUGAAACGGACUUACGGCAUUGUGUUCAGCUCCUUAAAGCCAAAUAAGAUUAGACGUGUGUUACAUCUCUCAACAUUUUGGAAGUUUAAGUUUUUUACAGUCGCCGUUAGUAGUACUAAACUACAAAAAAUAAAGAAAAAUGAACCCGGACGAACCUUCGACUUCUUCGGAAAGCAAACCUAGAAAAAGAACUCACAGUAACAUAGAACUAGAAGUAGAAAGUGAACAAACGAAACAGCAAGAACACGUGCCGAUACAAGAGAAAAAGGCAAAGGAACGCCAAGCAACAAAUAUUCUUGACUGCCCAGAUAUACUUUUGUUUCGUAUAUUCCAACAUGUAGACAAGGAAGAUUUGAGAAAUCUCAGUUUGUGUUGCACAAAAUUUUCAAGAAUAGCACUACAUGAAGUUUUCUGGACUUACGACUAUACCAAUAAACCUAUUCUUCCGUCUCAAAUGGAACCGUAUGAAAACUUUUUAGAACCAUUAACACAUACCUUGAAAAUACGUGGAGAUUUCAAACAAAAAACAGAAAAUAUCCUUGAACGUUCGUUUUUUUUUCAAGUAAAACAAAUAUGCCAGAUACUUCACACAUUAAAACUUAGGAACUAUCUAAUUAAUUUAGAUGAGGUUACGCCAGAGAUGUCAACAAAUAUUGUACGUCUUCUUUUCUCAAACUGUAUAGCUUCUUCUAGUAUUGGCCUGGUAUUUAAUACGACCUAUUUUUUUCGUGGAAUAUGUAGAUUUGUUCCCCAUGUCCAAUCUUUGUAUUUCUUUAAUGUUCUAUGGAAUAUGUCAUAUUCGACAUUUCUGUCAAGUAUAAGUAACCUUACAGAUCUUCUACACCUUUUCGUAAGAUCAUGUUUUCGUAUACAAGAAUUUAAUUCAGACAUAGAUUUAGUCACUGUCACUUGUAAAUGCCACAAACUAAAGAUUUUAAACUUUACAGACACACUAGUAGAACAUAGAGUAGUUGAAUGGUUUUGUCAAAUUGAAUCUUUAGAGGAAGUGUAUCUACAUUGUCCUAAAUAUUUUAGAAAAAAAUGUCCAUAUAAAUCAUUAUAUUAUUCGAAGAAAUCAUUAGCACAGUUACAAAACUUUUAUUACAAAGAAUACAUUUCUUUACGUGCUUUUGAUGAAAAGCUUUAUAACUUUUUAUGUAAAGUAGAAUCUCUUCUUGACGCAAACAAAUUUGAAGAAAUACUCAUGUACAGAAACAAUCAGUUUCAAAACUAUUUGCUGUCAAAUAUUAGUCGCUGUAUAAGUAGAUGUACUAAUUUGAAGAAAUUACAUAUUAGACAUUAUUCACAUGUUACAAGAACGGAUAUCAAUAUCAUAUCGUCGACAUUAUCAAACUUGGUAGAGUUGGAUAUAACUGGUUGUUCUGUAACUCUGGAGGAUGUUAAACAUUUUAAGUCACAAAGACCAAAUGUUAAAACUUAUUCUUCAUUUAGUACACGACAUGAAAUGUAUGAGUAAUUCUACCAAAUUCAGUCAAUAUGUCAUUUUAAAAGAUUAAAAAAAAGCUAGAAACGAGAAUUGUUUUAUAUCCCGAUAGAAAAUAUUACUUGACAUUGCAAUUAUUUGAAGAAUUGUAACAGAACUGUAAAUAUCGUACCUAAAGAAAGUAAUUGUGCAAGACGGUUACAUUUACGGAAUUGUAAUACUUGUAAUUGCAAUUAUAGUUAUUACUACAUCUUGUAACAGUUUACCUUAUUUUAAUAUGAGAACUUAUAAACUUAUACUUUUAAGAUGUAAGAGAAAAUAGAAACAAAAGUAUUUUAUACAGAUUUGUAUAGAACUGAUAAAAGAGAAUUAAGUUUAGGUAUGUACUUAUGGAUUUUAAAUAGUUGAUAUUUUCGUGACAUUAUAUCGACACUAGAAACGCAAGUAGAAAAAGUAUGACUUUAUAGUUAAGAUUAGUUUUAUAUUCAGUACGCUGUGAGUUUGUGGACGCGCAGACUCGGUUAUUGACUAUUAUGAUAAUCUGUGAUGAACUGAAAAUAAACUUAAAAUGUAUACAUGCUAUCCUAAAAGACUAAACUGAAAUUGUUUAUAUUACAACAACAUAUUUGGAAAUUGUAAACAUCAGUAUGAAA